GAAGUACCAGGAUUCCCGGAACAGAAAAUGAAGCCCUUGCUUACGCCAGUCCUUUGAAGGAAGGGGGAGGUGGGGAGGAUCAAGCUUUCCAUACCAGGGACCAGGCUAAAACCAGACUACCACUGCCCCUACCUAGGCCCCAUUGACCUCAGAAGGCAGCCACUGGAAUCAUGGGCAAUAUCUUUGGAAACCUUCUGAAGAGCCUAAUUGGGAAGAAGGAGAUGCGCAUCCUGAUGGUGGGCCUGGACGCUGCAGGGAAGACCACCAUCCUGUACAAGCUGAAGCUGGGGGAGAUUGUCACCACCAUCCCCACCAUUGGGUUUAAUGUGGAAACAGUGGAAUAUAAGAAUAUCAGCUUCACAGUAUGGGACGUAGGUGGCCAGGACAAGAUUCGACCCCUCUGGAGACACUACUUCCAGAACACCCAAGGCUUGAUAUUUGUGGUUGACAGCAAUGACCGGGAACGAGUAAAUGAGGCCCGAGAGGAGCUGAUGAGGAUGCUGGCAGAGGACGAGCUCCGGGAUGCUGUGCUGCUCGUGUUUGCAAACAAACAGGAUUUGCCGAAUGCUAUGAACGCUGCCGAAAUCACAGACAAGCUGGGGCUGCAUUCUCUGCGUCACCGCAAUUGGUACAUUCAGGCCACCUGUGCUACCAGCGGGGACGGGCUGUAUGAAGGCUUGGACUGGCUGGCCAAUCAGCUCAAAAACAAGAAGUGAGAGCCAGGCAGCCCUAUCUGACUACCCCACCCACUCCUGACACAUACCUGUUGUCUCCCUCCCCCAGUUUACCCUAUCCUUCCUCUUGAAAGUGUGGUCGAGGUCCUGGGUGUCAUGUCUACAUGCCCAGAAAGAGCCUUGCCUCCUGUGCCUCCCUUCCUCCUUCCCUGUCCUCUGACACGAUCAGUCCCCAACCGCUGUCCUGAUGAUGAGUCAUUCCAAUUUACUGGAUUUAAAACAAAUGAGGCUGUUAUGGUUUCAUGGGGUGGUCUCCCUGUUGGGUUUCAGGAGGAAGAGUGGGGGUGUUCUCUCUGUUUGCUGUUUGGCACUGGUUGCUGUGCCCUUGGCAUCUGAGUCCCUUCCCUGUCUGCCUGGCCACUCUCCUCCCUGUCUUCCUUUCCUCCUACACCCUCUCCUAUUCUACAUGGAAAUUGCACGGGCCUCUCUGUGUGUGCGUGCAUGUGUGCGCCUGUAUAUACGUGUAUAGAGAGAUAUAUAUAUGUGGGGACGGGGGUGGGGUGGGGUGGGGAGUGGAGUGCAGCUCAGGGCUUGCAGCCAGGAUGGAUACUGCCCAAUGGCGCCUGUCAUCUGCCCCUUCUGUGUGGUAAGAUAAAGGAGGAAAUGUGGGUGGGUCCCAUUGCUUCCCUCUCCACAGGUGGUGGUCCUGGAUGUUAGGACAGAUGGUGGACUCCAGCCGUCUUCCUUAUAUUUCUUCUCCACCCUUAUGAUCGCAAGAAAUGGUAUUUAUCUCUAGAUGACUGUUCCUAAGGAUUAGAUGCCAUUCUACGCUGCCUCUUUGGUAGGGAGGAGAGAGUAACCCACUCACUUUCAUCAGUCCAGAGUGUUGUAUUGGUCUUCCUCCACCAUUAUAAGAUCUACUCCCCAGGAGCUCAGAGGGAUAGGGUUAGUGGGCCCUGCACGCCAAAGGGUGGAGUUUGAUCUGUUUUCCAUCUUGUUCUUGUUACUAGGAGAAGGUAAGGCAUGGAGCAGUCCUGCUUCUGCUGUGCUGUACCUUCCUCAGUCUUCUGACCCUGGGGACUGGGUGGCUCCAUCUGUUCUUUGUCAGGUUUUCUCACCUAGUAGUCUGCUGGGCUGCUGAGGACUGACCAGGUGAGGUGACGAGAAGCCACGGAGUGGGGGUGACAUAGCAGACCUCAGUGUCAACCCCUAUGCUCUAGUCUCUUUCUCAUGCAGGACCAGCUAAAAGAUGAUUUUCUGCUGUUGGCGGGGCUCAGACUGUCCCUGAUGCCCUCUCCUGGCAGCUUUUCUCAGCUCUCAAACACUUUCCUGAAUAGGUCUAGAGGGUGUGUGGCUGGUACUGGGACAGUGAUCUUCAGGGCCCUGCCUCCAUCCUGCACAGGUUGUUCAGGUGCUGCUGGGGGUUUGCAGGGGGUGCUUGUUCCUGAGGCUCUGACCUGGAUCCUGAUAUAGUCAUUGCAGUGAAGCUGUGGCUGCUCUGUGAGCUCCUGUGUGUGCUGGCUGCGCCCUGAGCUCCCAACCAUCAGCCAUAACCUCUCUGCCAAGGUCAGGACCCUGGGCCCUCUCCAGCAUGGCUGAGGGACCCCUUCCCAGGGCUGUUCUGAGCUCCACUCUGGCCAGGCUUCCUGCCAGCUUUGUGUACAGCAGGCAAGUCAGUUCCCCAGCCUACCCCACCCCCAGAGGUUCCAGGGGUGUCCCUCAGUGCACUAGUGCUGUUACUAAACCCCAGAUGCCACGUGGUUGUGUUGUGUUGUGAGAGAGAGAGAGAGAGAGAGAGAGAGUGUGUGUGUGUGUGUGUGUGUGUGUGUUUGAUGUGUACAUGGGGUGGGGGGGUGCCGGGAGUUCUGUUUCAUUUUAAAAUGGAUUACUCUCACUCCGGACACAACCCUCCACACUUUUUUUUUUCCUGUUUCUUGGUUUUUCCCACCUCUGUUGCCACUCUAUGAACUCUGCUUUGCCUUCUCAGUUCAUUCACUGUCGUUGCCUGUCUGGUUUUCUUUUCCUUGUUUUUGUCUUCUGUUUGAUUUUCUCUAUCUUUGUGAUUGGUGAGGACUUUCUUUCUCUGCCAUGCUUUCUGACCUUCCCUUCUUAGAUGCUAGUUCCAAAUAGGUUUCGUAUAUUGCAGGUUUCCUUCCACUCUUCCACCCACUCCCCUAGCAUCUUGUUUUUCUCAGCCUCCUGGGACCAACCUGAGGCUGAGCAGGGUGAAGCAGCCUUGGAUGUUGCCUUGGUGCUGCUCCAGAGAUGUCCAGCAGGGGGCAGUAACAUCUUGGUAUCAUCUCUACUUCCUGGGGAGGGGAGCACUUUCUAUAUUCCCAUUCACCUAACAGGUCUUUGGGGGUUGGAAGUUCCAUUCCAUUUCUGUAAAUCCCCUCUCCUGCUUUUCUCAAGUUGGUUUAAUUUUUGAUCUUCCUUGUUCCAGCUUUCUGGGGAUUCCCCCUUCCCUCCGCCUCCAAAGUUUGUGAUGUUAUAGUGGUAUCUGCAGUUAUGAAGUGGGUUUUUCUUUUUCCUUUCUCUGGAAUGUAGACUGUAUAUGUUUAAUAACUCACCUUCUCUUCCUUGCUCAAAAAUGUGGGAUAAUGCAAUGACUGUGACCCUGGUUGGCAAUUAAACUUGUCUUAUGCAGUU